ACAAAAAGGGGAGGGAGGUCUAGAAGAAGAGACGGUGGCGGAGUAAUACAACGCCCCAGGGUGUGUGUGUAUAGCAGGUAACCUGCCCGUUUCUUUAAUACCUGUACACACACGCAUCUGGGAAUCGAGCAUAGACUCCCUCUCCAACCUUUCGCUCCCCUCCUUGUUUCUCUUACACACUUUGUGAGUGUGUAUGUGUAAAAUUCUCUCUCUUUCCUACUCACCUUUUCAUCCGUACCUGGUGGGAAAAAAAAAAGAAAUAGAAGAGAAAGAGAAAGAGAGGAAAAAAAGCCACGUUGCCAUCGUACAACGCAGUACGACGAGUGAAUAGACAACAUACAGUCGACGCUGGGCCGGGCAAACGGUCGCCACGGGCUUGGAAAGUGCAACACUCGACCAUCACAAGAGGAAAUUCUAAUUUUUUUUUUUGUGAAGUAGUGACGGGCAGCGACGGGCUGUGUGUGUGCCAAGUUUUUAUUUGUUUCGUCAUUCUGGCAAACAUCGUACGUGAGACAUCGUUGAACAAACAUUUGGAACACGCAAAAUAAUUGUGUGUCAGUUUUUUUUUUUUGUGUUGAUGCGACGUGGACUAGCGAAAGAGUCCUUUAACUUCGUUUGGCGAAAUUGAAUUGUUUUCCACCUGGAACGCAUUUAUUAGCCAUUUUGGGGCGCCAUCAAUAACCAUCGUCUUGUGUGUGUGUCCCUAAAGCUUAACCUUCGAGUUAACGAAAAACGAUUGGUGAACGUGAAAUUCUUGUUGUGGAUCAGACUGGAACAAACCAAAAGAAGAAGAUCCCCCUCCCCGCACAUGGAAAAAACAAAAAGUGAAGGGGACAGGAAGUAAAACAAAGCCGCAAAACAAGUCUGAAGAAAUGGCGUAAAAGGAAACGAAAUAGACGCCACACACUACAAUUGUACCCAGUUGUUUAUCUACAAGAAAGAAUAGUUUAUUUUCAUUUCCAGACAGUGUACCAUGUCCACCGGAUAUUGCAGGUUGACGCUGGAUACCGACACUACCGCCAAUUAUUAUUGCACCGGAUUACCUACGUGAACCAAAAUCCUCAUUCCGUUACGUGAAAAUUCCAAUUUUUUCAAAAAAGAAGUUGACUGACUUGUAGUGACCCACCCGCAAAAAAAAACAGUUUGGAAUAGUGAAUUAAUUAUUUAAAAAAAAAAAAAAAACAUUAGUGUCUUCGUGUGCGUUAGUUUGGUGUCGGAUGUUGAUCAUUGCAAGAUGAGCAAAUGGAGAAGCGCAAUUUGAGAGUGUCCGCUUUGGCUGAGGGAUUGUCGGCUAUCGGCUUGGUCCUGGCCAUCGUCACCGUCAUCUCGCCAUAUUGGGGACGCUUCUCCAACGAAGGAUCUCCUAAUAGUGGCGAUCUGGUCACUGGCUAUUUCGGAUUGUGGACCAUCUGCAAAGACCUGCCUCAGGGGCGCUCCUUCUGCGGCUUGAAUAUCACUGCUUUUAAUCUGUCAACAUGGACAUUUAUCGCCGGGGUCGUUGCUGUUGUCAGUGUCAUCGCCAUCGGUUUGGCUGCUCUGCUGGGUGUCUGUCUCCUGUUGAUGCUCAAAACCCAAGAGCGAGUUUGUCUGCCUUAUCGACCGGCCGUCGUGGCCCGUCUCGUUCUCUCUGCACUAGCAGCCCUGCUUUCAACCGUAGCCAUAGCUUUGGCCAGCAUUCGGACAGACGAGAGGCUGCCGUACGCCUUGAGUCGAGGCUGGACCUUUUACCUGCAGAUGCUGGUCAUCCUUUCCGAGGUCCUCUUGACGCUAACGGCCACUUACGAAUUGAUGCUAAGCCGACGACUAGGUGGCGAUCCCACGUUUUACAGUCGCGAUCCGUCUGGUUCCGGCGCUCUCACGUACUCCAAUCCCAGUUUCAAGGACGAUUCCGGCCGACCCAGUGGAAUGGGUGGCGGACGACCAGGAAGCGGAAUGGGUGGUGGACGGCCCGGAAGCAGCAACGGUUCGUCGACGAGCAAUAGCAGUAUCAAUACCAUCGUUUCGGCCAGCUCUGUACGAUCGGCACCUAAUGGCAAACAGGCCAGCUCCAACGGUUCCAGAAUACACAAUGCGCAUACUAAAAGUUCAUCCACCUCCGGAAAAAGCCCCGCAUCCAGCAGAGCGUCACCUAAGAGGCCCACUACUGGACGGCUGGCCAAUGGUGCGAUGAUCCGUGCAGCAGCUGGUCGUGGGAGCCAACGAAGUCGGUCAAGUGGACACGGCAGUUCAAGAUCGAAACCGACGAUUGCCGUGACGGCCUCCAGUGCUCAUCCGUACUCGAUCGGUGCCGAUGGGCGGUCACCGGACAGCGUCGAUCAAGGCAGCACGUCGAGCAUUUUAAACGGCUCGUUUGGCUCGAUCGAGAGCUCCAGUUAUGGAACGACAAGUUCCAUCAUCUCGGGCAGCUCCGUCUCGUCCAAUCCCAUGGCCUUGUCGCCACGCAAAUCUUCGCUCAAGAAGCCACGGCCCCGUAACGAGGUGCCCGCCUCGCCAGUGCCCGAAGGGAGCGAGACAGGCAGCGUCCUAGGCUUCCAAAACCCGGGCUUUGGUGAAAAUAGGGCCGGAAGCAUCAAACGUGUUCGUAUCGCUUCGCAGAGCACUGACGUUUAAAGAAUUAUUAUUAUUCUUUUAAAAUCCGGACUUUGAUUUUUUGCUUUCAUCUGCAUCCGACUUUGACAGGAUAAGCUGCUUGCAUUUUGGGUUUGACAUUUGGAGCUAAGCUCGCCCUUUAAUGAUACAGACUUUUUUUAAUAACAGUCUUUUCCUGUCUGUCGUUCCAAAGAGCGAGAUCGAUGUAGUGUCCUGAAUCAUGAUGAAGUCUCUCUCGCACAUACGGCGAAGAAAACAAAUGCGUCUGCAUUCAAACCAAUGGUAUCUUCCGUCCGUGUAUGUGAUACUAACCGGUGUGUAGAAGAUUUGUUUUCUCGUUUAGGAAAAAACAACUUUACAUUUGACUUAAUUUUUUUUUUUUAACGUCCCCUCCUUUUUUUCAACGGCUCAUUUAAUUUCUCAGAUUUUUGACAAGACAAAAAAAAAGUAUCUUCUUUUGCAUUGGAAUUAGUAGAUAUGAAAAAAAAAGAAAAAUGGAGUUAAUUUCUUCAUUUUUUGUGUGUGUGGAUCAGUCGAGCGGAUACGUGUAAUGUAUAAAAACGAGUAAGUGCAGGUGCCAAUGUUCUUGCUUUCAGGAACCUGAAAGCUUGGUAUAUUAAGGCGGAAAAAAAUUUAUAGUUGGGAUUUGGAAACAAUCGAUAAUUUGCGUGUUUUUUUUUUCUUCUUUUAAAAAAUUGUUUUUAAUUUUUUUUUGUUUGCUAUUAAUUUCGAUGGUUUCCGUGGUUGUGAUCAAGAGUGGCCCAUUGUUUUCGUUAUCUAUCUGUUUCAUUCACUUCUUGCUUCGUGAACUUUGGCUUCGAAAUAAUUAAGCUGAUGCAUGAAAUAGAAAAUGAAGCAGGUUUUCUUUUCUUUUUGACCUCUCUUCGUAAACAAAAAAUUCCAAUUUAUUCGAAACUUAAUUGAAUUGAAUGCUGUACCCCGAUUGCGGAAGAAAAGUGCACACUUUGUUCUACCCUACGAUUGUAUCGAUCGAUUAUAUUGUUUUGGUUGCGCACUAUGAAUUACAUUAAAAUGUUUCUUCAAA